AGCCAGUCAAGUUUCUGAUUCCGUGUGGGAUGGUUGAUAUUCCUGCUGUACUCCGCCAGUACGCACGCGCUACUUUUUGAAAUUAUAAUAAAUUAUUUUUCUAUUAAGCUGUUAAAAUAAGAUUUGUGCAAUAAUAAAGUUACAAUUUUUUUUUAAUAUAUAUAUAUUUUUAAUUUGUAAUUUUUCGGUUUCGCGCGCGUAGUUUAAAUAGAUGAAAAAAUAACUUUUUAUAAAAUUUAGUGUUAUGGAUUUAAUGUACUGUGACGAUAAAAUUGUUCGCCGUUUUUGUGUUUAAAACUAUGAUAAAAACUGUCAAUUGUGAUUAAGGAGGCGUGACAGAGGCUUUCCACCGGCGGGCAUCACACGCAGGCUGCAUCUUUAGUUUACUUGGAUACGCUAUCGAAAUACAACACCCGAAGAACUAACGAGAACAACAAACAUAAGUUGAAUAUGAUCUUCUAAAAUUCACUAAAAUGGAGUCUUCAGAAGACGAAUUCUACAGUAUAUGUCUUAAUCUCACUAGCGAAGAAAUCGCCAGUGUUGGUGGAUGUAACUAUAGCACGGAGUUUGAAAAUGGCGAGUUGCUUGAAAAGGUCGUAUCCAGAGUUGUACCAAUUUUCUUCGGUUUUAUCGGAAUUGUCGGACUGGUUGGCAAUGCAUUGGUUGUUCUUGUUGUGGCUGCAAAUCCUGGAAUGAGAUCGACGACAAACCUUCUGAUAAUAAAUCUAGCGGUAGCUGACUUACUCUUCGUUAUAUUCUGUGUACCUUUCACAGCUACUGAUUAUGUGAUGCCGCGAUGGCCUUUCGGCGAUUGGUGGUGUAAAGUCGUACAGUAUUUCAUCGUAGUUACUGCCCAUGCAUCCGUAUAUACCCUAGUCCUGAUGUCCUUAGACAGAUUCAUGGCUGUGGUGCAUCCCAUAGCGUCAAUGUCUAUAAGAACAGAGAAGAACGCACUUCUAGCAAUAGCCUGCAUUUGGGUUGUGAUUCUUACAACAGCGAUUCCUGUCGGAAUAUGUCAUGGCGAGAGGGAAUAUUCAUAUUUCCAUAGAAAUCAUUCUUCUUGCGUAUUUCUGGAAGAACAGGGUUACAGCAAGUUAGGAUUUCAAAUGUCCUUUUUUCUAUCAUCCUAUGUGAUUCCAUUGGCGCUAAUAAGCGUACUCUAUAUGUGUAUGCUGACGAGACUUUGGAAGAGCGCACCCGGUGGUAGAGUGUCAGCAGAAAGCAGAAGAGGGAGGAAGAAAGUGACGAGAAUGGUUGUGGUGGUCGUUGUUGUUUUUGCGGUUUGCUGGUGCCCAAUACAGAUAAUCCUGCUGGUGAAGGCGCUGGACGCGUACAAUAUAACUUACUUCACGGUCACCGCCCAGAUUGUGUCACAUGUUCUGGCGUACAUGAACAGCUGUGUCAACCCAGUGCUUUACGCUUUCCUGUCGGAGAACUUUAGGGUCGCUUUCAGAAAGGUAAUGUACUGCCCGCCGCCGUACUCCGAGGCUAUGUCAGGACGACCACAGCCAACGAAGACAACUCGAACCGGCAACGGUAACUCCUGCCACGACAUCGUUUGAGAAUCACUACGCAGUCGCACGCACAUCACAACCGAUCAAGCAACUAUGGUAUAAAUUACUACUUGUGUGCGACUCAUAAAUAAUCCCAUUUGUUAUUAUACAGCACAGUUGUCAUUUAACUUGUUAAGCCAAAUAUAACUAACAAUAUUAAAAAAAAAAAAAUUCAAUAAUGUAAAUCUAGAAAUGCUAUGUAUAAUCUAAUUGUGUAAUUUGUUCUUUAUAGUUCGUAGUUAAAUACAUAUUAUGUAAUCAAUAAUCGUUAUUUAGGUAUUAAAUAAAAAGUUUUCAUUGUGUUAUGAAUAA